GGCCGCUGCCCCUCCGGCCGCCCGUGGGCUUCCGGGUCAGCCUCUCACCGGCGCACGCGCACAGGGGCUGGCUUGGGACUGGGGCUUUGGCCCUGGGCAGCGACUGGCUCGUGCGGUUUGGCGGCGAGAGCCCCCCGCGGCUACCGGCCCCGGCCGUGCGGGGCUAGCAGGGAGCGGCUGAGGCGGCCGGCCGGGUUCCCGGGACGGGGGGGUAACGCGCUAACAAGCCGGUGCGGCUGGCCCGGGAGCGGGCUCGCGCCCCUUGGCCCGAGUGUGACUCUGCUCCCGUCUCUCCGGCCGCAGGCUCCCGCCGCUGCCCGGGGGCGGGGCAGGUCCCGCUGAAGCUUCCGCUGGAUGGAUCCCGCCGCUCCCCUGACCCUGAGCCGGAAGGAGCGGAGGCGGCUCUGCGGAGCCCGCGGCUGAGCCCCGCGUGGCCGCUGCCUCCGUGCGGGCUGCGUGUGAUUCCUGCCCCUCGGGACAGCAUGUUGUCGCUUGUGACCAGGGCAGCGGGGGUCUGGGUCAGGCUGCGGCGCGCCCGGAGCGCUGCUGCUUUGUUAUGCCCUCAACCGUGGAUGGAAAAAUGCCCCGCGGAUCAUGUUGUGUUCUCCAGUCCCUAUAGUUCUCAUAAGAAGGAAAAACUGGAUACGUCUAUAUUUCCUGUUGAAAAUAUUAGAAAUUUCAGUAUCAUAGCUCACGUAGACCAUGGCAAAAGCACUCUAGCAGACAGACUAUUGGAAAUUACAGGAACAAUUGCUAAAACUGACCAAAAUAAACAAGUGUUGGAUACACUGCAAGUGGAACGGGAAAGAGGGAUCACAGUUAAGGCACAGACUGCAUCUCUCUUUUACAGUUAUGAAGGAAUGAACUACCUCUUAAAUCUCGUUGACACACCAGGUCAUGUAGAUUUUAGCUAUGAAGUAUCACGGUCACUGUCUGCCUGUCAAGGUGUCAUUCUUGUAGUGGAUGCAAAUGAGGGUAUUCAAGCACAAACGAUGGCAAACUUCUAUCUUGCUUUUGAAGCACAGCUGGCAAUAAUUCCUGUUAUAAACAAGAUCGACUUGAAGAAUGCAGACCCUGAAAGAGUUGAGAAACAAAUUGAAAAGCUAUUUGAUAUCUCUAAGGAUGAAUGUAUUAGGAUUUCUGCUAAACUAGGAACGAAUGUGGAAAAGGUGCUUCAGGAAGUUAUUGAAAAAGUUCCAGCACCCAGUGUUAACAUUAGUGACCCAUUGAAAGCCUUGGUGUUUGACUCCACCUUCGACCACUACAGGGGUGUCAUAGCUAACAUUGCGCUCUUUGGUGGAGAGGUUCAGAAAGGACAUAAGAUUGUGUCUGCUCACACAAGGAAGACCUAUGAAGUUAAUGAAGUAGGAAUUCUGACCCCAAAUGAACAGCCAACUCAUAAAUUAUAUGCUGGACAGGUGGGCUAUCUGAUUGCUGGGAUGAAAGAGGUUACGGAAGCCCAAAUAGGAGACACGCUGUAUUUACAUAAGCAGCCAGUGGAGCCUUUGCCAGGCUUUAAAUCAGCGAAACCAAUGGUCUUUGCAGGAAUGUACCCGGUAGACCAGUCAGACUAUAACAACCUGAAAAGUGCUAUAGAAAAACUGACACUAAAUGAUUCCAGUGUAACUAUUCAUCGGGAUAGCAGCCUUGCCUUAGGAGCUGGAUGGAGGUUGGGGUUUCUUGGUCUUCUACAUUUGGAAGUUUUUAAUCAGCGCUUGGAGCAAGAAUACAAUGCAUCUGUCAUUUUGACUGCACCCACUGUUCCAUAUAAAGCUGUUCUUUCCUCAGCAAAACUGAUAAAGGAGCACGGAAAAGAGGAGAUUACUGUUAUCAACCCUGCUGAGUUUCCUGAUAAAUCUUCAGUAUCAGAAUAUUUAGAACCAACCGUUCUGGGGACUGUCAUAACACCUGAUGAAUACAUUGGAAAAAUAAUAACUCUGUGUCAGACUCGCAGGGCUGUUCAGAAGGACAUGGUGUACAUUGAUGAGCACAGGGUUAUGCUGAAAUAUAUCUUCCCGCUGAAUGAAAUUGUGGUGGAUUUUUAUGAUGCUUUGAAAUCACUCUCUUCUGGAUACGCUAGUUUUGAUUAUGAAGAUGCAGGAUACCAGGAAGCAGACCUUGUCAAAAUGGAUAUUCUUUUAAAUGGAAACUCUGUUGAAGAAUUGGGAAUGGUUGUACACAAAGACAAAGCGUAUGCUGUUGGCAAAGCCAUGUGUGAACGUUUAAAAGAUGCUAUUCCUAGACAGUUGUUUGAAAUAGCCAUCCAGGCUGCUCUUGGCAGCAAAGUCAUUGCAAGAGAAACAGUGAAAGCUUACAGAAAGAAUGUUGUGGCAAAAUGUUAUGGUGGAGAUAUUACACGGAAAAUGAAGCUUUUGAAGAGGCAAGCAGAAGGAAAGAAAAAGAUGAGGAAAAUUGGCAAUGUGGAAGUGCCAAAAGAUGCCUUUAUAAGUGUUCUAAAGAGACAAUCUGAAAAAUAAUUGGAGACAAAAACUCUGCAACUCUGAUGCUUCUAUCUAGCUUUUGCUGGGCAAAUGGCAGGAUGAGGUUAAUGUAUAACUUAUUGCUGGGGGUAUAUUUGUGUGAUUUGUCAUAUUUAAUUUUGUACAUGUGGCAAGCACUAUACGGGGAACAAAUGUUAAUUGGAAGAAUGUA